AAAAAGCAAUAGCUGCGCACGCACAACUAGAGCGCGAAUCACUCUUUCCACAUUCCCCAAGAUUCAACAACUCCUCUCUACUAAAAUCCUCCACAACUGGGUCUGACUGUCUGAGUUGGGUUCCUUAACACUCGAUUUUGUUAGUGCCAAUCCUCACACAACAGUUUUGGUGGGUGAACUUGAAUAUGUUGGAGUAAAAACAAGUGAGCUCACCAAAUUGGACCCAUUUGACUAAAGAAGUAUUCUUUGGAUUUAGGGAGCAGGUAGGAAGGGAAUUCAAAGAGAGAGAGAGAGAGAGAGAAAGAGUUAAUGGCUAGUCCAAUAACAGAGGACCACUCUCCUCACAUUGGAAUUGACGGUAUAAAUGAGGAAACUCAACAGAUUUCUGAAAAGGAUAUUGUUUUAGAGAAAGGAGGAGAGAAAGAUAUGGCGCCUAUGCCUGGGAGCUCAUCAAUUCAUCGGUCAUCUUCUCGCCCACAGCUAGAUGUUAGUGGUGCUGCAAUUCAGGGCAAUUUUGAGGAGAAGGAUCCCACUAUUCUGUUGCCUAAUCAGUCUGAUGAUAUUUCCCAUCUGGCUCUGGAUAUUGGUGGCUCUCUUAUCAAGCUGGUUUACUUUUCAAGACAUGCGGAUCGGCAGGUGGAUGACAGGAGAAAAAGAAAAGUUAAAGAGAGAUUGGGUGUUUCUAAUGGCAGCAGGAGAAGCUAUCCUAUCCUUGGAGGGAGGCUUCAUUUUGUUAAGUUUGAGACAUCAAAACUUAAUGAGUGCUUAGAUUUUAUAUAUUCCAAGCAACUUCACUGCGGUGGGAUGGAUUCACGAUGUUGGCCUUCUGAUGCCCCACAAAGUGAAAAUGCAGUAAUUAAGGCUACUGGUGGUGGGGCAUAUAAGUUCGCUGAUCUUUUCAAGGAAAGGCUGGGAGUCAGUAUAGAGAAAGAAGAUGAAAUGAAUUGUCUUGUUGCUGGUGCAAACUUUUUACUCAAGGCAAUCCGUCAUGAAGCUUUUACGCAUAUGGAGGGUCACAAGGAGUUUGUGCAGAUAGACCAUAAUGAUUUAUUUCCAUAUCUGCUUGUGAACAUCGGUUCUGGUGUUAGCAUGAUCAAGGUUGAUGGGGAUGGGGAAUUUCAGCGGGUCAGUGGCACGAAUGUUGGAGGUGGUACAUAUUGGGGAUUGGGAAAGUUGUUAACUAAGUGCAAGAGUUUUGAUGAACUGCUAGAGCUCAGUCAGCGUGGAGACAAUAGUACCAUAGACAUGCUUGUUGGUGACAUCUAUGGUGGUAUGGAUUACUCAAAGGUACGUUCUCAUGGAGUAGGAUCCAUUAUCUAGGAUUUGUUUUAUUGA